GGCUCGUUCAACCACCCACUCACUGCUUGGGGCCCGCCAACUGCCCGCCAUAAACUCCCGCCUUUGAUAUCCGCAAAUCUCGGCCAUCGACGCGCAAACUAGACCGCGCCAGUCUCGACCCCUGCAUCACUUCUUACGACUAGCUGCCCUCUUUUCAUGCUUAUCCUCCCGCCGGCGCAUCGCCAACCAGCGCACCCAUGAUCUAUGCGAACCUAGGUCACAUGCAACAAUGGCGCACCCUCCUCCCCCCGCCUUCUCUCUUUGCCCGCCGGCCCAUAGCCCUCGGCCACCUAUCGCUACGGGUACAGACCUACGUCUUUGUAACCGUACUCGAUAAAUCUCUAAAGAACGACACACCACCUAGGAGACCCCGUAGCACCACACAAUCCGCCGCACAUGUCACUCGCCAACAGACAGCAUAUCCCCACGAGCCCCUAAGGGGGGUCGGUGGCGGCCUGUCCAAGAAGAUAGACUGGGCGCCUGAGCCCGAGCCCGAGGAGAACGAAGCGUCCUCUACCAUCAACGACAUUUCUUACGUCUGGGAAUACGAUGGGUUACCGCCUAGCCCGAGCCCGAAAAUCAAAAACCCCUUUACCAAAAACCCACCACCUCCUCCCAGGCCGCUCACAAAAGAUUGGAAGGCCUGGAAGCAGCGCUAUCUACGGGAGGUGCGGGUCCACCGCCAGGCGGCGCGUGUGCCACACCGUUUGGACGAGAGGCCCACUCCUGAAGGGGAGAUCCCUGAGAUCCGGAUGGUGGGUGAUGACACGAUGAAGACGGUGUUCAAUCGCUGGAAGAAAGCGAUGAGAAGGGCGCACAGUUCUGUCGGGCGCUAUGGGAAGCAAGAUGAGCCCCUGUCGGACCUCCUCAAACUUGAUACUGCCAAGGAGAUGUCGGCAGCCUGGAAGAAGGUUCCUGAGAAUGAACGGGUCCACGAGUUCAUCAACCAAGUGAUCUUGGCGACCAAGUCGGUGCCCGAAAAGAUACCAAUGGUGAUCGAGGCGCUGCUCCCCAUCACCCAGCCGCCACCUCCUCACUUUGUGCUAGAGGACAUUCUACGUCAGAUUGCCAACCAGGCACACGCCAACUUCCAGAACAUGGACAUGCCAUCUGCGCUCUCGUGCGUCCGCACAGUCCUCAGAAACACGUGGCCGGAAUACGUCAGGCUGGAUCAAGAUACUCUCUUCAAAGUCAUCGAAAAGGGUGACCAGCCAGGCAUCUUGGCGCUCUAUCAUGACCUCCAGAACUACGACCAUCUCCUCUCAGGACAGACUCUGCAGCACCUUGUGAGCCGGCUGGCGGGAGGCAGGACGAUGGAGGCCAAGAGGGAGGCGUUGCUCAUUCUAGAGCAACUGCAAAAGAGAGGCGGCCGCUACAACAUCAACAACGGCCCCGGGCGACGGAUUGCCACCCUGCUACUGUCAGACCGGACCGACGGUACCACGAACCACAGGCCGGCAGAACUCAUGCAACGUUUGCUGGCGCUCGGGUCGAGACCCAACAGGAUAACUUAUACUGCCCUCAUUCAGAGUCUGACAUUUGGUGGCGAGCUUGAGACAGCGUGGAUGGUCUACCGCAACAUGGAGGAGCAGGGCAUCAUCCCCGAUUCGAUCUUGAUCCAGGUCAUGAUCGCAGCCUCGGCCAAAGCGAACAACUUGGAUUCGGUCGUCCAGGCACUGGCGCUCACCGGCAAGACGCCCAUCCUUGAGGAGUAUGGCUGGAACCUGCUUCUGUACACAAUUCUACAUUGGCGCCAACCAGGAACUAGGCUGGCAGAGAGGGCCCCUACGCGAUUCCAACUGUUGAUGGCGGCCUUGUGCAAGAUAUUCGACCCUCAACCGCUGCAUGCGAUUUGCGAUAAGGACCUGGGAGACCUCUUGGACGUGGAUGCGCUAGACAUCGACUCGGAGCUAGGGGCGGUUAUCAACGGCAUUCCACGCUUUGUCGACCGCCGACAGACGCCCAAGUCGACCACGCUGAGGAUAAUGCUGGUUGGCUAUAUCAGGAGCCUCCCGGAGCCCAACGAGGUCCUCGCCUUUUACGCGCGCUUUGAUGAGCUGCUCAAGCGCGGCCACCCCGCCGUGCUAGCUCUAGUCGAAGGGGAUAGGGCGGUGGUGUACAACACGAUUAUGCUGUCUUUGAGCUAUUCGUCCACGUCCCGGCCGGCUGUCUUCAACGUGAUGAGGAGCCUGCUCGAGGACAACCCCACGCCUUUGCAGGCACACGUCGAGACCAGUGAAUACGAGACCCCUCGACGCCCGAGGCCGGACAAGCACUCCUGGAACAUAGUUUUGGACGCAAUCCUCAGAAACGGAGAUUUUAUGCAGGCGGCAAGGCACCUCAGACAGAUGCAGUCGUACGGCAUCGAGCCGAAUCAGGCGACCUGGAACAUCCAAGUGCGCGGGCACGCACGCAUGCAAAACGCCGAGCGGACGGUGGACACGCUGCGGAAGAUGGAGGAGGCCGGGUUCGAGGCUGACAGGUUCACCAUCAACGCGUUCGGGUCGCUGCGUAACAAGGAGGUGGCGCUCGACAUGUUGGAGAGCUUCAUGUCCAAGCGGGAGAUGCACCCGUACGUCGGGGCGGGCGACCCCCAUGCUGGCAAGGACCUAGAAUGGCUUUCGGACCCGGUGGCAGCCGAGUUUGACAACAUGUAUAAGGAGUUGACCGACGAGCCCACGCCUCCGAUUGCCGAAGCCACGCCUCCGAUUGACGAUUGGCAGGCGAUGCCGCAGGCACCCGUUCCAACAGGCGGCGGCCAGCCGUUCGAGUUUGAUGGCUGGAAUGGGCUGAAUCUUCAAUACAAGAAGACGAAGGAACCGGCUCGAAACCCGGAUUCGUAGGCGAGGCAAGGGAAUCUCCUGUUCCCUACCUGUCAAUGUAUGUACAUGUAUAAUAUAUGGUGGCGCAAAGUGCCGUCCUCUUUCUUGUUCACCGUCUCUCGGCGAGUGAUUUGACAGCCAGCGGACCCCGGGCUUUCGGCUUGACUUUCGCUCGGCAAGUAAACCCGCUCCUUUCCCCGGUCGCUUACACAGUAGCCUCGUCGGGUGCUCGGAGUCGGAGCUUCUUUUUGUUGUAUUCGAAACCCUGCGACUCCGAUUGGACAAUGCGACUCCCGCGGAGACCCCCAGACGGCCC